AUGGAGGUAGGCCGCUCGUCUAGCCAAUCAGCCUUAAGCGAGCGGCCUGGCCGUUGGAAUGGCCGGGGCAAGGCCACCGGCAACGACCCCAAGCAGAACCCGCUCGACGACUGCUGCUUUCGCGACUUCAAGCUCGACUGCAAGCGCAUCGUGGGCGUGACCUCCAUCCUGCCGGACGUGGAGGUGGACGGCGUGCUGAGGUCCCACCCGGAGCGGUACCUUCUGCGCAAUGCGACCGAGGUGCGCAAGACGGCGCACCGUGUGUGGCAGUGGUCGCCCCGCCCGGAGCGGAUAGUAGCUGACAUCCUUCGGCUCCCCAAACACAUCCAACGGGUCUACGAUGCGGACGGGAAGUCGGUGCCGAAGCAGCCGCGGCCUCCGCGAAAGAAGACGCUCGAGAUGAUCCUCCCGCACGACGUGCCGGCGACCAAGCAGGCGCUACGCGAGCGCGCCGACCGCUUCGGGCGGCGCGGCCUCGACCUGCCGCUCGCCAAUCGGGUGGGGUGCGUGGUGAGUUUCGCGACGCUCUGCGGGAGCGCGCUCGGCGCCGCGGACUACCUCGAGCUGGCGAGGCGGUACGAGCUGCUCGCGGUGGAGGGGGUGCCUGAGCUCACGCCCGAGGACCACAACGCGGCGAGGCGCUUCAUCACGCUGAUCGACGAGCUGCACCUCUCGUCGGCGGCCGACCCGGUGCCCGCCGCGACGUCUGUGCGCGGCUUCGGCGGAGCGUCUGCGGGGCUCACCUCGACGUGGAUGGGGGACGGGACCGAGUGGUCCGCCACCGGGCUCAUGGGCGUCUCGAUGGCGGCGCUCAACGGGCUGCAGGACGCCGCCUUUGCAGCGGCGAGCGGCGUCGCGGCUGCUCGAGAUGAGCGGGUGGGCGUGGAGCUGGGCUGGUGUGCGGAAUAA